AUGUAUCAAACCAGAUAUGCUGGUCUACACUGUAAACUACUCAUUGGAUAUGCAAAAGGAGCCGAAUAUGCACCAGGCAUGCAAUUCUCCGGACGACAAGGUCAACAUUCUUGGAAUGCCGUUCUUGUGGAUAAAGUCUGGCGCCUCGUUGAUUGUCAUUGGGCUGCCCGUAGACUGAUAGGGAAGCGACCAAGUCCAGAAAAUGUGCGCUACGGUCUGGACAUGUUUUAUUUUCUGGCAAAUCCGGGACAACUGAUCUACACGCAUUUUCCCCACGAUUCAGACUGGCAACUGUUGCGCCAUCCCAUCACUCUGAAA